AUGGGUGCUUCCUGUUGCAGCAGCCGGACUGAUAUCAAGAAUCUCCAUAUUUCUCCCCAUUACAAUGACCUGCCCGGCCCCCAUCGCGACAGCAACCUCUACCGCAGCACCGCCAAACUGGCCCGUAGCCGGCGCAACAAUCACCCUCUCCCCCGCCCGCAGCCCGAUACCCUUCCACCCCCCCAGCACAACAAGCUGCACAGGCAACUGCAACAGAUUCUCGACACUGUACCCCAACCCACCAUCCCCCUUUGGCUUACAAAGCCUCUCCUCAUCCAACGGCUCGACGUUCUCCAACGGGGCAAGGAUAUACUCGGCAUAAGAGCCAUUCUUCCAGUUCUUCUCGAUCCACUCCCUGCUGGCGGGCACUCCGCCGUCAAAAGUGCCCCAAACAGCUUGGAUCUCGUCCGGGUUGUCCCUCGCCCGGAGAAAGGACUGGAUCAUGACGAGCUUGCCGACGGGGAGGGAGGUGGUGUCCGGGCCGGGCUGGACUACGCGGCCGAUGGCGUACCCCCCGCCGAGGAUCAUGUCGGGGGCAAGGGUGAAACCUACUUUUCCAGAGUAGAUGUCGUAGACCUUUUGGGAAACCUGGGCGGCGAGGACGCGGAUUAGGACGGAGCCGGGGACCACGGUGGGGACGGGGACGGUGCGGAGGGUGAUUUGAGGAUCGGGGGAGAUGGUGGGGAGGUGGAGGGCGCGCAUGUGGGUUGGGAGGGACAUUUUGGUGUUGUGGUUUUGUUUGUACGUAUGAGUGACAAAGUCUUGUCUGAUGUGUCCAGACUCUUGUUUGUUGGUGAGAGAUACCUGCCGUACCUUGCUCGCAACAACAGUUUUGAGGACCUUCCUUUUAUACCCCAUCAUCCUGCCAAGGUGCUGCCAUGUUGUUGUCGUUUUGCCGGCGCGAUGGCUUUCCUUCUGC